UAUGAGAGCCUCUCUCAUGUCUAUGUAUCGCCGCCGUCGUCGAGACCUUCACUGCGACGACGACAACAACCACCACGCCGUCACAGUAAUCGCACUUGGAUUUUAGACUUCCAACUCCAUCCUGACACAUUUAGAGUCGGGUACAACCGAGGUCACUCACCGUUCAAAAUGGGCAUCUUUGCUAAGCGCACAAAGUGCAAGACCAGGCGUCGUCUGAGAGAUGUGGAUCAGGUCCAGAAGGAUUUGAUCAAUGCCAGACACUUGGAGCUUUACAAGGAGGCCAAGGCCGUGGAGGACCUGCCUGGUCUGGGAAGACACUACUGCGUCGAGUGCGCCAAGUGGUUCGAUAUGGAAUCGACUCUUGUCAAGCACACCAAGGGCAAGCCUCACAAGAGGAGGUUGAAGGAGCUCAAGGAGGGUCCCUAUACCCACAAGGAGGCCGAUGCUGCCGUGGGCCUUUGGACAGACAAUGGUCGUCCGCGGAACACGACCACUGAGAUUGAUAUGACGUGAAAGCGGCUACUUCUUCCAACAUUGCAUGCAGGCCAGUCUCAACUCAUGGAUGCUAAGGCGGUUUUCACAUUGCGUUGCUAUUUCUUACUUACUGCCCGAUUUAUUCCCCAUGGUCGAAGAAUGGGCAAAGGCGUUUGUUUGUUACCACGAGGGCUAUAUGGGCGGCGUUUCAUCAAGUAGGGCUUUAUGGUUUAGAUGAUUUUAUUCCCAUUUCACAAGCAGGGCUGUUGUAGAAUCUGGGUAGUGAAGACUUUUGUUGUUUGGAGGACGGUAUAACUCGAGAACUGUUUUCAGAAUCUUACGCCGUCCA